GUUAAUUGACUUUACGAUCUUGGGACUAUACCAAUCAUUUGUUUUUUAACGUUUACAAUAUGAACUGUACUAGAUCGAUUGUGCUUGAUACAAUUUUAUUCAAUUUUGCGAUCGAGUUUUUUGAAAUUUAAUGUUUUAAUAAGAUUUCGUUGUUUCCGGUUCAUUUUUACAGAAUGAAAGAGAAAUGUAUGAUUCGAUUAUCAAGUGCGGGGGUUUUUUCGUUACUCCUUAUUCCUCUAUUAACCGUAUCAGGGUCGACUGUUAUUAGAACUAAAACGAAAUCAGUUUGUAAAUCGAAGGAAUGUCUCGCAGCAGCAAAAAACCUGGAAGAUUCGAUAAACACAGACGUGGAACCAUGCGACGAUUUUUACCAAUAUGCUUGUGGAAAUUGGCCGAAAAAUAAUGAAAAUACGAUUUUUCCAAUACCAUUCAGCGCAAUUCAAGCGAGGAAUAUCCAGAACGAAAAAGAAAUAUUGGAGUUUCUAGAACAGAAUAACGAUAAAAACGAACCCGAAGCUGUCCAUAAAGCCAGACAAUUGUAUUCGCUCUGCUUAAAUCGAAAAUCGUACAACGGAAUUCAACCACUGAAACAAAUCCUAUCAAAAAUCGGUUUACCAGUUUUCCCUUCGCCAACGCAAGAAAAUGCAAAAUUUGACUACAUCAGCGCUACAGCCAAAGCAGCUAGAAUAGCCGGCAUCAAGAUGUUCUUUGAUAUUUCAGUAGACGUUAAUCCUUAUAACCACAGCGUGAACACAAUUUGGUUAUCAAAACCAUCAGCAGAAUUGGAUCCAAAUUCAAUGCCCUUAAUCGGAAAUCCAGUAGCAGUCAAGAGAGACACUCAACCAAUACAGGAAAUCGAUUUCAUGGAGAAAGUUAUGGAGAAAAUGUGCGUGAUUGCAUUGUCAUCGAAUUGUGCAACGAAAGAUGAAAAUUUGAAAAUGAAAAUUUUAAAUCAUAAUUUAGAACGGGCUGUGGUUAUUGAGAAAGCUAGAAUCAAAUUCAAUUCAUCCUACAUACCAACUUUCUACACACUGGAACAAUUACAAAAUGUAACAGAUGAUAUUGCUAAUGAAGCACAAUCUACAAUACCUAUGCUGAAUUGGACACGAUUUCUAGAAGAAAUGUUUGAUGGGAUUGAAAAUGUCACGUUAGAUCUGAGAAAUACAUCAAAUUUUCGAAUUGUUAUUCAUGAAAUGAGUUUUAUUAAAGAUAUGAUCAAACUCAUUCACAGGAGAACCACAAAAGACCUAGAAUAUGGACUUUGGUGGAAAGUAGUUUCAACCCUCCUGCCAUAUGCCGAUUUUGACACUUUUAAAUCAAAAAUCAGCGUUGAUACGCCCAUUACUCAAGUGAAAAGGUGCAGUAAAAUCGUGACAUCUGCGUUUGGAAUGGCGAUAAGUCAUAUGUACUCUCAAAAAGAGAAUAUAGUCAAAGCAAAAAUCGAGGUGGAAGAUAUGCUCAAACACAUAAAAGAAAGCUACAGACAAAUAUUCCAACAAUCAUCCUGGAUGGAUCAGAAAACUAAAGAAAAAUCAUUGAAGAAAUUAGCAUCAAUAAAGUCACUCGUUGCGUAUCCGAAUUCCACCGAACUAUCACGUAUUUUAAAUGAACUAUAUGGAAAUGUGAAAAUUACGAGUAGCUUUUUGGGUACGAUGGUUACAAAGAUUCAGGACCAAGUAAAGGAAGAUUUGAGCAGAUUAAAUCGAAUAAACAAUUCCACGACAAAAAAUUGGCCAGUACCUCCGGCAUACGUGAAUGCAUUUUAUUCGCCGUUGGAUAAUUUGAUAACGAUCCCAGCAGCAUUACUAGGACCACCAUUAUACAUCGACAGUUUAAAAGCUUUGAUUUACGGAUCAAUUGGAUCAGUAGUAGGGCACGAAUUGACUCAUGGAUUUGAUCACUCUGGCAGAAGAUAUAACGAAAAUGGAGAACUUGAGAACUGGUGGAAUAAUGAAACUUUAGCAAAAUAUAAAGAAAAAUCGAAAUGUUUCCUGAAAGCUUACGAUACUUAUAACACAACAUUUAUGGGAAUUGAUCAAAAAGUCAAUAGUACUUUAACAUUGGCAGAAGAUAUCUCAGAUAAUGCAGGAUUCAGAGAAGCAUUAUUCGCGUACAGGAGUUACGUAUCCGAAAAAGGCCAAGAACUUCCUCUCCAUCAUUUUGAAACUUUCACUGCUGAGCAACUGUUCACUUUAGGAUUCGCCAAUUUCUGGUGCGAAAGUCCUACACUCAUUAGCGCUUACUUGAUUGAUUUUAUGGACCAUAGUCCUUCAGAAGUUCGCAUUAAUGGAGUUUUCAAAAACUCUCAAGAAUUUGCCAAUAUCUGGAAUUGUCCCGAAGGUAGCAAUAUGAAUCCGUCUAGUAAAAAAUGUACACUUUGGUGAAAAUUUGAAUUAAAAUUGUGUUAAUUUUGAAUUUUUUGUUCAGCCAAGUUAAAGAAAAAGAAAUUUAUUAAUAAACAUUUUACAAAACAUAAAUUAAGAUUCCUGAAACUGAUUCCAUUCGAGGUGAUAAGAUUUCACAAUAACGUGUAUUUUUUCAAUAAUUAUCAAUAAAAAAUUUCACAAAACGUA